CUGACGCAGGUCUCAGAGCUGACGGUGAUCCGCAACAGGUGCGAUGGGUGCCGCAAGGUCAAGGAGAAGUGCGAAGGUGGCCUGCCCUGCCGACGGUGCGUGCACCUCCAGCGACGAUGUGCCUUUACCAAAUCGACGGCGCGGGCCAGGGCGGGCGCGUCGGAGAACGGGGGCACGAGCGCACGGCAGGGCGCGGACGAGGAUGUCGCGGAGAUGACGAGGCGCAUGGCCAACAUGGAGCGACUGCUGACGCACUUUGUGGGCAAUGUGAAGCUGGAUGGGGACACACUCCAGCAUCUGGCCGACUCGGUCGAGAAGAAGAGGCUCGAUCAGAUGCCGCCGGAGGAGGAUGCAGAGGUCAAGUCCAACAGCUCGGGGGAUGUCAAGCUUGAUGAGAUUACGGUACAACCGUUGGAGAAUAAUGCCACACAUUACUCUGGAGAGUUUUCUCAUUGGAAUUUCAGUAUGAGGAUCAAGCAGUGGAUAGAAGCCACCGGCCCUCACAGAACCGACGCCCCUGACGCCCCCAAGAUCAAGGAAUUCUACCGCUUCGACGAGCUACAAGCGCCCCCAGACGCAUCAGGCCUGUCGUCCUCGUUGCCCCCUCGCCAAAUCGCCGACGUCCUCACCCGUGCCUUCUUCUGCCAUGCCGAGGGCGACUACUUCUUCGUCGACCGGACCUGGCUCAACCGCAAGAUGGACGUUGUCUACGAGAAUCCGGCAUCACUCUCACGCCGUGACGUGCCCACGCUGGCUAUCAUCUACAUGGUCCUCGCGGUCGGCACGCAGUACGUCUACCUAGACUCUCUAGGCGGCAAGACCAACAACAAUGCGUCAUUCUCGGAGGAUGCUAUUGGCAUCAAGUUUUACCAGCAAGCUUGCAAGUUACUACCCGACGUAAUCGCCAUCGCCUCGCUCGAGAGCACCCAGGCAUGCCUCCUCAUAGGGCUGUACACCCUUCCUCUCGACCCGUCGGGACUGGCGUGGACCUAUAUCAACCUCGCGAUGAAACUGGCCAUUCAAAACGGCAUGCAUCGUAAUUACCCGGGUGAAGGUCUGGAGCUGGUCAUUCGCGAGACAAGGAACCGCGUCUGGUGGACGCUAUACGCCCUGGAGCGACGGGUCGGCACAUUUCACGGGAGACCUGUCUCUGUGCUGGACGGCGAGAUUGACGCGUCGUACCCAGUCGACAGACAAGACAUCUGGCCAGGCUCGCCCCCUCAAAACACAGCGCAGUUUCAUGCCUCCAUCCAUCUCUGCGGCUUCAUCGGCAGGGUCAGGCACGAGAUCUCGCUGUUCAAGGCGGCCGAUCGACAAACCACAUUCUGCGCACUCGCACGGCUGGUCGACAUCAAGGACGAGCUGCACAAGUGGUGGCAAACCCUGCCCAGCGAGGUAUGUUCCCAGAACCCUGCCAUGGACGGCGCCGUGUCACGCGCAGCAGUCCACGUGCGUCUCGAGUUCUGCGUCUUGCGCAUGUACGCCGGACGUAUCUUCAUCACGCCCCUCAACAACUCCGCCAUGGGACCCCGGUCCUCCUCCAAAGGACGACCCUCCGUGGAACCUGCCAGCAGCGAAGCUGGCGAGCCUAGUCCACGCUCAGUGUCACUGAACGCGCGACGGCGCUCCAUCAUGAUCGCCGACUGCGUGGACGCCGCCCUGUCCAUCGUUGAUCUCUGCCGUCUCCUGCAGAACACGAUUGGCCUCGCGCGUGCGUCGUACACCGAAUUCAGCGGUCUCCGCGUCGCGCUGCUCGUCAUCCUCUCCCAGUUUAUUGAGAAACAGCAGCAGGACGCCACCGAACGACUGCGCCAACCGCUGUAUGAGGGGAUCGCCAUGCUGAAGAACAUGGCUGCGUGGGGUGCCUCCGCGCGCUUCGACGCCUCGCUCAUCGAGGCGUUUGAGCACGCCAUUGCGCGUAUGGAAGUCCCAGAUAACCCGCAGGAGCCCGUGUCUCGCGAAUCCGACUACGAAAUGUUCAAAAAGUGGCAGAUGGAGUGGCAAGGCUCGGGCGUGACGUCGAAGCACGUCAAUGGCGGCAGCGUGGGGGACGACAAGGCGUUUGAUCCGGCGCUGGGCAUCCCGUCGCUCACGGGGAACGCUGCUUCGGGCGGCUGGGGUAGUGUCGCGGGUCCCAAGGCGACGACGCCCCUGGCGAUGCCGUCUGUGAACAAUGCUGGUGCUUUCGGGACGCCGGCGGACUGGGGAUCGAGCGGUGUGGCAACGCUGGGGGGUUUGUCUGAUAUGCUUGGCCAAGGGUAUGGGUUCGAUAUUGACCUGGGGCAUGCGCCUACGGAGGGAGAUGGACGUGGACCGGACGGGUGGACGGGGAUGUUCUGAGCAUUUGGCGUUUGUUUAGUUCAUUACUUAUUAAUUCAGCUCAGCGACUGCGUUC